AUGUCUGGCAACUCCUCUGCUUCCGAUAUCAUCACCUACGUCGGUGUCCCCCUUGCCGUCCUCGGAGUCGCUCCUAUCCUCUACAACACCGUGAUAACGCUGGCAACAUUAUCCAAGGUUAGACGACUACUACGAAAGUCUCGUCUGGUGGGCAUAACACGAGGCGAUGUUGUAAAUCAUGUCAUUGAGUGCGAGCUUGCGCGCUUCAGCAUUGCGCCCCUGAGCCGCCAGUAUGACACGGAGGAGUACUGGAAUGUGUACGAACACCCUAGCCUUGUCCCUGGCGGCAGCUGGACGAUAUUCAACUGGAAGAUGCAUGCCAUUGGUAUCAAAACCCAACGAAUCGAAUAUUCAGACCAACUGCGUCAGCCGCAGGCUGAAAUCAAUUUCGAGGACCUCCUGAGCUAUCUACUAGACCUAGGUGCGGUUCCAAAUGCUGCGGGUUUUCAAAUGCUAAGGACUUCUGGUUUGUGGGUCCCGGUUGGGACUCCUUUGAUGUUAUCCCCGGAUCGCCACGAAGCUGUGCUGACGAUUGCUCCAUUGGACGACUCGGAUGGAAUGCUCUCGUUGGCGGUUAGAUGGUCGCGAAAGUGGGUUGUGAGAGGGAAGACAUCGCUGCCGCCGUACUGGAUACAAGUCAAGGCAUUGCGGGAGAAGGCGAGUCCCAUACAUGAAGGGAGUAUCACUGAGGACGGGGUGUCAUCCAUCACGAAGUCUCCCGCCGAUCAGGAAGAUCCGGAGCUCGCACAAGCUACAUCAGGGGACUUGAUUCCUGACGAUAAUAAAGAUUUAGAAGCUGCGAAGAGUCACAGCAAUACGGUGUUACAUACUGACGUGGUUCGGUGCCACAUAACAUCAAGUGGCAUCACCGCCGCCCUAAGAGAAAAAGCCUUGGACUUCGAGCCCCUUCCCAUAACCCAUUUACGUCCUUCCUCGGGCUCGCCUACGAGCGCUGGCAUAUACUUCUCAUGCAUCAGCACCGCCCUCAGCACUACGAAUAACGCCGUCCUAUGGUCCUACCACAUCCCACCUCCAUUCCUAGCAUUCUCUCGAAGCCCUAUUAUCCCCUGCGGCAUCCUCGUCCUGCUAGGAAUGGUUCCCAUAACCUCGACCCCUGAGUGGUACACCGACUAUGGCGACUCCGGCGCUGAAGAGCGAGACCUGCAAAUGCGCCGAAUGCGCGAUAGCAUGACUGCAAUGCGGCGAGAAAGCUCAAUGACUCCUGAUCAACACGCCGUUGCCAUACGAGACAGGCAAUUCAAGCAACACCAGGACUUUGUGGAUGAUAGCAACCAGAGGCGCCGACUUGCAGUACAGCGCGAGGAGACGAGGAUGCUUGAAGCGCUGCAGAGCCCGCAGUGGAAGGCGCAGCUGGUUGGCGAACAUACCCUUCUUUGGCUCAAGGAGCAGAACCAUGUUGCAGUGAAGGCAGAGCUUCCAGAGGUUAUGGAGGUUGUGCUGCACAGGAUGGUCACCGAGCCGGCCUUCGCGAAUGAUUUGGCCGAGGUACUGGAUACGUGGAAGGGAUGGGUGGAGGGAGGGGGGAUCCGCAAAGCUGACUAUCUGAUGCUCAAGAAGAAGUUGGUAGUAUUUGCUUUUGCGAGCUUGGUGUUGGCUAUGGUUUAUGGUUCUGUGGAGCCAAUGGACGGGUCGUUGUCGAAAGAUCUGCAGGAAUCGAUUGGGAUCUGGAAGAAGGUUAGGCUUGGUUGA